GAUGAGGUUGAGGAGCAGGCGCGGGCGGGGAGCAGCGCGGGGGCCGUGUAGGUGCUGAGGCUCGCACCGUCAGGAUGGACCACAGCGUGAAGGCCAUGACGCCGCACCGGAAGGUGGCCUUCUCCCGGCUCUGCCACCGCCACCGCUUCGAGAAUGACGAGCUCGAGAACCUUUACCGCCGCUACACUCUCAAGCUGCAGCAGGCGAGCGUGGCCGCGGCUGCCGCCCUCCUGCUUACUCUGUCGCUCCUGCUGGCGGCUCUGCACGUGACCUACGCCCAGGUCGCGGCGCCCGCGCCCAUCACCCUGCUGGCCCUGGCGGUGGUGCUGGCCGCUCUGCUGGUCGUGCUACACUCCCGCGUCAUGAGACACUCUUACCUGCUGCCCACCUGCUACCUUCUGUUGGCCCUGGGCGCCAUCCUGGUUGCCCUGGCCCUCCCUCUGCCCUCGGGCUGGGGCUGGGUGGGCUGGCAGUCCAUCCCGACGGCCGGCCAGGGGGUCUGGCAUGCGACCUUCGUGGCGUUCCUCGUCUACGCCCUCACGCCGGUCUCCACGCCGCUGGCCCUCACCUACGGUGUCGUGCUGCCGGCCGGCCAGACCGCCCUGGCGGCCACGCUCGCCACCACCUUCACGCACUUCCACUGGCAACAGCUGGUGGCCAACAGCGUGGUGGCGGCGGCCGUGAACGUGGCGGGCGUGUGGCUGCACCAGAUGAUGGAGGCGGCGCAGCGCAAGGCUUUCCUGGACACGCGCAAUUGCAUCGCCGCCCGACUGCACAUGGAGGAUGAAAAUGACAAACUGGACAUGCACGUCGCUUGGCAUUGGAAUCCUUGUCUUGUGCUGUUCAAGGGCUUCCGCUGCUGGUUUAAGGUGUGCUCUGUUGAGGCACUGGCAGGAUUAUGUACACAUGUGCGGGUGCUGUCGCCGGAAGUCCUCCGCAGGAACCUUAAUGCCGAGUGGCAGGAGUUCAGUCUCCUUGAAAGCACGCAAGCAAAGGCAGGCAUUGUGGCACCAGUUCUGUUGGAGAGAAGUUUUGCACAGCACCUGGUCACGCGCGUUUCUCGUGGCAUCCGAGCCAUAAGCCAUAGGGCGAGCUGCGUCAUGCCUGGCUUCGAGCCUGGCUUCGAGCCGGCUUUGGGCGGGGGCCAAAACGGUUCACGGAACCGGCGGAGGUCUCUUCCCUUGCCCUUCCGUCGACUGGGUGCAAUGACGGUGCGAUCCUUGGGCAGUUAG